UGUUAUGCACGUGUGUUUUUUGUUUUGAUUCUACGAGAUUUUAACUUUUUAAAUAUUUUAUAAAUUUAUUAAGUGCAAUGGCCCCUAAUGCCGAUCCAUUAACCUGUAAAGAAUCGUUCCUACAGGAGAAUCAAUCGUUUUCCGAGAUAGAGUUGACCAGUGAAUCCAAGCCUAUAGGAAAAUUACAUGACUUUGAUUUAUUGGAAAACGAAAUAUGGUUGUUACAGUGUCCCAAAGGUAUGGAUGUUACCGAGCUGGAAAGUCAAAAAUUAAAAAUGCCUGGCCGUACAAAUAUCAACAGCAGUGAAGCCGUAUCGAUGGAAUUUAACGAAGGCAAGGAACAACAUGCGUUUGCUUAUUGUAAUCGUAAGGGUCGUUAUGAUUUACGCUUGCUUCCCGUACGUGGGACAAUAGUUGUAAGAGAUCGCCUAAAAGCUGCAGAAACUAUAACUGCAGAACGUGCUGAAGAGUGUUGCCCUCCAACAAAAAGAGUCCCAUUGCCCGCUAGUAUACGGGUCAGACAUCCGUUACUGGGUGUACAGUAUGAAGAUAAACUAGAACUGGAUAAAUCAAUUGUAAAACGUUUGAAUAAAGCCGAUGAAAUUUCUGCGCAAAUAUUAAAAGAAAGCCUGAGUCAGAGAUGCAUAAUAAAAUCUGUAACCUCCUCUGGAAAAACCAGUCAGAAACGAGAUCAUAAAACUUCGCCAAUAGAAAUUAAUAGUGCUGAUGAUGAGGAUGCUGUGGAAUUUGUUGGUGAAGAAAAACUUAAAAAGAAAAAGAAGAAUACACGUAAACACAGUGAAAGCAAUGCUGAGGCAAACGACAGUGAUGAACAAUCUAAUAUUAAAAAGAAAAAAUCCAAAAAAUCUAAGAAAAAUGAAGAAGUAGUUUCGAAAGAUUUACAAUGGCUACAAAAUAUUUAAUAAAAGUUGUUUUAUUUUUCCUUAAAAUUAUUAUUUUAUAAUAAAAUUUAAACCAGU